CCGCCCUGGGAAAUGUGGAAGCCGCCUCAGCGGUGCUGCAAUGGCGGCACGGGUCUCCUACUUUUACGAUGCGGACGUGGGCAACUUCCACUACGGGCCUGGCCACCCGAUGAAGCCACAUCGCCUGGCGCUCACCCACAGUCUCGUGCUGCACUAUGGCCUUCACAAAAAGAUGAUGGUCUACAAGCCGUACCGCGCGUCGCAGCACGACAUGUGCCGCUUCCACUCGGAGGAGUACAUUGACUUCCUGCAGCGCGUCACGCCCCACAACAUCCAGGGCUUCACCAAGAGCCUCAACACUUUCAACGUCGGGGACGACUGCCCUGUGUUUCCUGGUCUCUUCGAGUUCUGCGCAAGAUACACAGGUGCCUCUCUGCAGGGAGCAACGCAGCUCAACAACAAGAUGUGCGAUAUUGCAAUCAAUUGGUCUGGUGGGCUUCAUCACGCCAAGAAGUUUGAGGCAUCGGGAUUCUGCUAUGUCAAUGACAUAGUUAUUGCCAUCCUGGAGCUGUUGAAGUACCACCCGCGUGUGCUCUACAUCGACAUUGACAUCCACCACGGGGACGGGGUGCAGGAAGCCUUCUACCUCACCGACCGCGUCAUGACCGUGUCCUUCCACAAAUAUGGGAACUACUUUUUCCCCGGAACAGGUGACAUGUACGAGGUGGGUGCGGAGAGCGGGCGCUACUACUCUGUCAACGUCCCCCUGCGGGACGGCAUCGACGACCAGUGCUACAGGCUGCUGUUCCAGCCAAUUAUCAAGCAGGUGAUGGACUUCUACCAGCCCACGUGCAUCGUGCUGCAGUGCGGCGCUGACUCACUGGGCUGUGAUCGCUUGGGCUGUUUCAACCUCAGUAUCAAGGGACAUGGCGAGUGCGUAGACUUUGUGAAGUCGUUCAAUAUUCCGCUGCUGGUGCUCGGCGGAGGGGGCUACACGGUGAGGAACGUGGCACGGUGCUGGACAUACGAAACCUCUUUGCUGAUGAACGAUCCCAUAAGCGAUGAACUUCCAUACAACGAGUAUCUCGAGUACUUUUCACCCGACUUCAGUCUGCAUCCAGACAUCAGCACUCGCAUUGAAAACCAGAAUUCCAAGCAGUACUUGGAGCAAAUCCGGCAAAGCAUCUUUGAGAACCUGAAGAUGCUGAACCACGCACCCAGCGUUCAGAUCCACGAGGUUCCUUCCGACUUACUCAGCUACGAGCGCAAGGAUGAGCCCAACCCAGACGCCCGCCCCGGCACGGACGACGCCAUAGUCAAGCCCGAUGCGGCCAACGAGUUUUACGACGGAGACCAGGACAACGACCGGGAGAGCGACGUGGAGGUGUGAAGGCCGGGGGGGCCACGCGGAGGCCUCGGAUGCGCGGAGGUGUGACCGUCCGAGCACGGAUCUCUUCCACGAUAUCAACUAGGCGUGUAAUGAUGUAUCGAUUUAUAAAUGAUGAUUAUGUUCACAGUCAUCAGUAGCCAUGAACUAUCCACUGCUGGAUAAAGGCUUGCCCCAAAGCGUUCCCUUCCCUCGCGAUCCCGCAGUGUAUAACAAUCCACCCAAUUCACGAUUAGCUGAUUUAAUCGCUCAAUCUUGGCGAUGGAUAUCCACUUGGACAUGUUCUCUCUCCUUUGGCUGCCACUCAAUCGUUAGGCUCGACCACUAUGUCAUCAUCCUUUUCAGUGACGUGUUACUGUUCUGAAGGCCUCUUAACCAAUAUGAUGUGUCUGGCUUGCGUCUGCUCUCUGCUCUGUGUUCCUCUUUCUUUCAGUGUAAUUCCAAGCACGCACCUUGCCAUGUUUCUUGCACACUUUUCCGCUCCUGUUGCAUUUAGUUUUUCCAUGCCCAUGUUUAAGUUAUAUCGGAUAGUAUACACUGAUUAGAAAUAUUCUUAUCGAGGCACAUUGGUACGUUACGUUUCAUUAGUAAGUUCAUAUUUGCAAAAGCACCAAAACCUGCUCGUACACUCCUGACAGAGAGAUAAUCUUUGAUGGUUUGUUGAACUUAUAUGUAACUUACAUUUUACCUAACAUUUUGCUUGCUCUGGUUUUAUUUCUGGAGCGCUACUUCUAGACCAACUUCUUCUAUCACUUCCAGUAGUUCCUUUCCAUUGGUUGUUACGCCCACAAUACACGCAUCGAAUCGCUCGAAUCAUACAGCAAACCCUUGCCCAUCCCCGAGGGUUACGUUCUUGAAAAUAUCCGCAAUCAGUAAAUCCGCAAACUCGAAGGCAAAUGUGAAAAGUAGGUUGACGAUUAAUAUUUUCUAACGCUAAAUACAGCUUGUACGGUAAAUGUAUAGAAUAAAAAAACUAAUGUAUUGUACAAUACUGUACACAUCCGUGUACGGUAGUGUACAGUAUUGUACAUGACAGGAAGAAAAAUCACGUGGCCAAACGUCGCUGCCACACUGGAGGCUGGGAAUACAUCACCUGGGACCCGCCAUGGGCUGCUUGGGAGACUAGAUGGAGACAAGAUGACGCGUAUUUCCUUUCGCGGCAGCAUCACCGCAAGCAGUACAGUUAUGCACGCAGGAAUCUCCCUGUCAACUGCGAAUGGUCAAGCCACAGGGGCGCCAUCGGCGAACCGUCCCUCCAAUAAAUUUGGCGUAAAACCAUGAUGAGGAGGGAAAAUCGUUACAUGCCAAACAUAAGAUCCUACUUGAUAAAAUGGCCUUGUCACAUACGUGUGAAUUUCUCAAAAAGUGUUAUUUCUUGUAGUGACCAUUUGCUGUGCUGUUUUCGUUGUAAACCAGAAAGGUCGGAAGGGAUCCAACCAAUCGCAUAGUUGUAAUUGUUUAUUUUCAGUCGUCUAUUUUUUUAGUAUGGCUGUGAUAUUCACAGUAAAACAAGACAAGUCUUGUGGUGCAAUGAUAAUGUGACUUCUCCGAUAGUCUGUUUUCCUAUAACGCGGUAGUUGCGUUCCUGUAAAACACCGCAUUAUAGAAAAAUCACGUUCUAAUAAUACGGGCUAAAGCACAGUCCGCGAUAACACGUGAGAUGCGGAUUGUGCAGGCUGAACAAAGAUUGAGGCGCGUGGAUAGCACGCGCCUCAAUCUUAACCUGGAGUGCACGCACGCCCUGGGGGUGCGAGAUGAUGCCCUUUCCGGAAGGUUAAGAACCACUGAUCGAGAAGCAGAGGUCGCAAUUGGGUACCCGAUACCCGUACCCGACCCGAUACCCGGCUGGGUACGGGUACCGGUUUGCGACCCUGGUGCGGCCAGGUACGGGUAGGCCCUGAGUUACUGGUGAGUCACCGUUUGUCACUCAUUUCCCAACGUCUUGUCUCUUCUCACAAUUCAAGUUCCUCGAAUCAACCCACCCGUGCCUGCAACAUGACUUCAUCCCAGAGGUCGCAAUCGGGUACCCGUUUGUGACCCUGGUGCGGCCGGGUACGGGUAAGGAAUCAAAACCCGUUUGCGACCUCUGUCGAGAAGUAUCCCGCCUUGGUUGAUGCUAUGCCGAGGCAGCCGUACAACGGCUUAUUCCGACUCGUGCGACGUAGUUCUGUUCGCUCAAUCGCGUGAUAUCCAAUUCACAUCAGCGUCAUGAAAAAAAUGCGCACCCUAAUACAUUCAUCACGUCAUAUCCAAUUUGCGUUGUGAAAAUGCGGCGUUAUAGGAGAACAGACUGCACGUGAAUAGAUCGAGUACUUUACUCGUGGUAAAGUGUGACCUGUAAGCCCUGAUCUACGUUGUAAUAAACAUGUACAUCUGUUAA